AUGGCAUUAUUACACAAGUUAUGUCACAGAGCACUUUCUUCGAAUUUAAGGACGUAUUCUGUGAAAGCACCUCUACAGAAGCCUCCUAAAAUAUUAAUCACUGGUGGUCUCGGCCAACUCGGCGUGGAAUGCGCAAAAUACUUACGUCAAAAAUACGGACAAGAGAACGUCAUACUGUCGGACAUUAUAAAACCGUCAUUGGAGGUCGCGAACGACGGCCCAUACAUUUUCGCCGACAUCUUAGACUUCAAGGGCCUCCAGAAAAUUGUCGUUGACCAUAGAGUGGACUGGUUAAUUCAUUUCUCGGCGCUCCUUAGCGCUAUCGGCGAGCAAAAUGUACCGUUAGCUGUAAGGGUUAAUAUUGAGGGUAUGCAUAAUGUAAUUGAACUGGCCAAGCAGUACAAAUUGAGGAUCUUCGUGCCGAGUACAAUCGGUGCGUUCGGUCCGGACUCACCGAGGAAUCCCACGCCAAAUAUCACAAUUCAACGACCUAGGACUAUUUAUGGUGUAUCCAAAGUGCACGCUGAGCUGUUAGGAGAGUACUAUUACUAUAAGUUUGGUCUGGACUUCCGCUGUCUUAGAUUUCCUGGUGUGAUCUCCAGCGAUCCACCUGGUGGAGGAACAACAGAUUAUGCGAUAGCUAUAUUCCACGACGUUUUGCGCAAAGGACGUUACCAAUGCUACCUGAAGCCAGACACCAGGCUACCAAUGAUGCACGUGCGAGAUGCCCUCAGAGCUCUCUCUGAGUACUUGGAGGCGCCGAACGAAAUGCUCAACCGACGCGUCUACAAUGUGACCUCUAUGAGUUUUACGCCAGAAGAACUCGCCGAUAAACUAGUUAAACACAUUCCCGACUUUAAUAUCACGUAUAUGCCAGAUAGUAGGCAAGAGAUAGCUGAUUCUUGGCCUCAAGUAUUCGACGACAGUGAAGCACGAAGAGACUGGAAAUGGAAUCCCACGAUAGAUCUGGAUAAUCUGGUUAGCCUCAUGGUAAAGGAGGUGAAGGAAAAAAUUGCCACCAACGGCUACUGA